UGAUGUCGCAGUUAUAAUGCGCACAUCAAAGAGAAAACUGCAGUUGUGCUUUAGCUGUCCACCUGAUAGGUGCUCUCAAAGAAAAAAAGAAAACAGUGUGUUGAUAAAAUUUAUAAAUUCGGUGAGUAAAAAUACAUAUACUGUAUUUGAGUACUUCUCUUCUCAAUCCUGAUUAGCCGAAAAUUAUCUUGAUAGAGCAUGCAUGGAUCCAACUGUGCAUGAUAGCUGUACAAGUGUAGAAUAACCCUAUAUAUUAGAAUAACCCUAUAUAUUUUUUAAAGAGUUAGUAAGUUAGUAAGUAUAAUAUGUUAGUUAUAGUUAAUAAGAUACUGUCUGUUUCGUAAGUUGAAUUCUGUAUCACUUAUUCAGAAUGCAGCAUUUGUACAGUGUUGUACUCUAGCUUAAUUCAGACGAAUUUAAUUGCAAUUAUAAAUAUUUGCGACGGUAUAGUGCGUCGUAUAUUGAUAAACAGUAUAUUGGAUAAAGUUGCUGUGAUAUCCAGAAUUAUCAAGGUUGAGGUAAGUGUUAACACUAGCAUACCGAGACCUUUAUUAAAUAAUUUUCGGUAUGCGAAGUUCAUAUUGAGCAAAAGGUGUUCGCUGCCAGUUUUGUCUGAGAUUUAUUUUGUCCAAACAGCAUGCUGAUUUAGUUAGCUGAUAAAGUGGUAAUUCAGUAUAAUAAAGACUUUCAUCUUUUCAAUCUUAGAGCUUUGUUUUGCGAUAGCCUUGGUGUCGCUGCAAUUAAAAAGUUUAGUGCAACUAUAAUGGUGCUUUUUUCAAGUAGAGUGCUAAAAUUGGAAUAUCUAUUUUCUCUGACACAAUUACCUCUCAGAAAAAAGCCAUCCUUUUCAACUACCCUCAACAUUAAAUGCGGUCACUUAUAAUAUAUAAUAUAUACUAUGUUCGUUGGUCCAGCAGAAUCAAGUAAGAAGUUGGGUUUCAACUCGCGGAAUCAUAAGCAGUUGUGUAGUCUAGGGGGGUGAGGGGGGGCGACCGCCCCCCCCCCAAUCGCCACAAAAACCAUCCUAAGUGCAACAUUUCCGAUCAAAAUGAACUUGGUUUUUUCCUCCCAGCCUCAGAGAGGGGAAAUAAGGUGACACGGACCCCUCCUCCAGUGUUCCAAGGUGACUUUUCCAAUUCAUUUAAUUCCGAAGACAAAUGUCUGGGAAAAGGUACGUCUUUCAUGUUCUUUAUAAUCAUCGGAAUUCUACAAAAUUUCACCCCAAAACUGCUUGAAAUCGCAUUUCAGCGACUCCAGAUUUCAAAAUUAUUCCGAGGGAAUAUGCCCCGAGGGAAUUAUGCAAAGUUAAUCAAUCCAAAAGGGCGUUGUGAAAACCCGGAAUGCCGGAAUAUCAUGGAAUAUCACGGAAUAUGGUGGAAUAUCACGGAAUGUGACGGAAUAUCACGGAAUAUCACGACAUUUUCCCGGAAUAUACCGGAACAUCACGAUAUUUUCCGAUGGUUGCUAUGCGACUGUUUAUAAACAUGGACGUCUGACAACAUAUUUUACUACAAAAGUGAUGGAUCUUUCCCAUUUUGACGGUAAGUAACAGACAAUAACUCUAUACGAGUGUAUCAUUAUUACGAGUGUUCACCAAAAGUUUUGAAUCAAUAUGAUUAAUUCCUCCUGAGUUACAGCGUCUUGAAAAAUAAAAGUGCUGACGUCAGCAUUAUUUUCGAACGCCUUCAGAACUGUGUUACGGCGGGACUUCUAACCUGAUAUAAACAAGAAUUCAAACAUCUUGGCCCAAACUCGCCUUUAUUUUAGCAUUUGAUUUUUAAAAUUCACCAUUUAUACCAACAAGCAUUUAUCCAAAAAUCAAAUGUUAAAGAUAUUAAAAUUCUUGUUUAUAUCAGGUAAGAAGUCCCGUCUUAACCUUAAUCAAGAAUUUUUAACUAAAUUUUGUGUAUAACACAGUUCUAAAGGCGUUCGAAAAUAAUUCUGACGUCAGCACUUUUAUAUUUCAAGAUGCUGUAACUCAGGAGGAAUUAAUUAUAUUGAUUCAAAAUUUAUGGGGAACACUCGUAAUUAGCUUCCUCCGCAGGCAUCUCGUGGUACUUACCUAGAAUCGGUUAGAUGCCUGCCAAAACCCGACAUGGUUGAGCCGUUCUGCGCAUCUUGCUUGCGCAGCGAUUUUGUCUCUAGGGCAUGCACGUGGGGAGGGAUUUGUCAUCCAAGAUGGCGGAUUGCAUGGAGUGAAGAAUUAUGAGAAUUUGUGAAUUUAUAUUAAUACGGUCGCUAAAGGCGGCUAAACGAUUAACAAUUCAGCUUUUUUGGACAAUUGAAAGAAUCUUAACCCGGAAAAUAAAAUUGUUAUCAAAUAAUUUACAUGUUGUCAGUUAACAUAUAUUUUUGUAUAUCUGUAGAUGGAAAACAUCAAGCCAUCAAGGUUGACAUCUACUUUUGUAUUUAAAGCUGCAGAUGGAAAUACAAAUCUUGUUGUAAUCUUUUAAGUACUAUCAGUGCCUUUUUAACAUAUAUCUGGGGGAGGGGGGUGCAAUUGCCCCCCAGGGAAAGAAUUUGCCCCCCCUCCCCAGUUAAGCCAUUUCUGCCUUCGAAGUGCGAAGCAGAAUUGCUCAUGAUUGCUGUCAGAAUUGCAGCUGAUUUACUUGAUAAUGAGAUUAUGACCUUCCAUAGCUUCCUCCACAGCCAACUUGUGUGUAAUUCAGAUUGUUCUUCACCGAGUAUUUCAUAAUAGCGAUAGAUUUCAUGCAAACAAUCCGAUAAAAUGCUGGUUCCAAGAAGAAUAGAUUUAGUUUAGAUUUUUAACUGUUAAAUACAUGUAUGCAUCAUCAUAGCAUGAAUAUUUCUUCUCAGAUUUAUUCUGUAUCGUAUGAAAAAGCAACGCAAUUUUGAGAAUGCGGAAAUGGUGUCUCAUAGAACCUAAAAUGAUUUAAAUGCAACAUUUCUGAUCAAAAUCAAAUUUGGAUUUUCUCCCCCCCCCCAGCAUCACAGAGAGGAAAUAAGGUGACACUGACCUCUCCUCCUAUAUUUCAAGAUGUCUUUUCCAAUUUAUUUAAUUCCGAGUAGAAAUGUCUGCAAAAAUUCAUGUCUUCGAUGUACUUUAUAAUCUUCGGAAUUCUGCUAGAUUUCUCUCUCAAAAUGCUUGAAAUCGCAAUUCAGGGACCCUACAUUUCAAAAUUUUCCCGGGGGUACAUGCCCCCGGACCCUCCUAGAUGGUCUCACACUUCAACGUGCAUGAGGUUGCCCCCCCCCAAAAAAAAAAUUAAGAUCUGGCUACGCCACUUGUUAUCAGUGGCGUAGCCAGAACGAUAAUUGGGGGGAGGGCAUAUUCAUAUAUUCGUAUUCUGCUUCAUUUCUUUUGAAAUCAAUUGUUUUUAUGGUAUGUGAACACGAAUAUAUGAAUACCCCCCCCCCCAAUUAUCGUUCUGGCUACGCCACUGCUGGUUAUAGCUGUACGAUUAUAGCUACAAAGAAUUGAAGUUAUUGUUUAAAGUAAAAUAUAGAUGAAGUUAAUAAAUUAAAGUUUUACAAAAUCUCUCUUCAGACUUGCGCGUUCGCCAAACAUCGACGGCUCAUAUUUUUUGUUCUGCCUUUUUUUCUUGUUUUGCCACCCCCCCCCACCCCCAGUGAAAAUUCCUUAAAAAAGGCACUGAGUACUAUAAAGGUAGACUUUGUGUUAAUAUCACAAUGAAAUACAUUUAACUUCAUAUAUUUUUUUGGAUCAAUUAGUUGUUUUGUGUUAAAUAAUUAUUAAUGUCUGGCUGGCAUAAUUAUAUAAAAUAGUACUAUUAUCAUGUACAGUUAGUUCAUGGUUGUCAGAAGCAGGACAAAAUUACCCUACAUAGAAUGUGUAGAAAUGUAACAAUAUAAAAUAUAUUUCAACAAGAUAAUUGUGGACCCAGUGUUAAUAGAAACCAAGACAAGAGCCAUAUUGAUUUGAGUGAAAAAGCCUUGGUCUGGUGUUUGGUUGUCAGAUUGGCCGAGUACGCCAAUCAGUGAAGCAACAUCCCAGUUAACGCCACUGUCUGAAAUCUAAAAUUAGCUGGGUUCACUAACUAUAUUAAAAUAUUAAUUUAGUACCUGCAUGGUGUGAAUUGCAUUGUACAACCCAGCAGUUAAACAAUAACGUGGUAGAUGAUUAUAAUAAUAUAGUUUUUUUAAUCCAAAUAAACAUGUUGAAUUGUCAGGGUUUCCAUGAAAGAAACUAGGUGCUAUUUUGCAUGUCUGAGAUGGAGAUUAAGGUGCUGCAUCCUAGAAAGUGUGAACAGCUAGGUUUACAUUGUACAGUUAGCAGCUUCAAGGCUACAGUGACAUGGACAAGCAACCAUUGUCAGUAACAACAUUGAUCAAGCAUGUCAUAACCUGCCCGAUAAAAUAGUGACAUAUUGAACAUGGCCAGCAUUCUGUUCUGUGUACGCUUUAUUUGUAUAGGUAAUCAUGCGAUGGCGAGUACAAUUAGGGAUUAAUAGUACGAGUGAUGUUUGGAAAUUUUGCCAAAAUUGGACGAGCCGCGGGGCGAGUCCAAUUUGGUAAAUUUCCAAACAUCACGAGUACUAUUAAUCCCUAAUUGUACGAGCAACAUCGCAUGAUUACUUGUUUAUUAUUAGCAUGACAAAAUUGGAUACGUACUUCUCAAUGUCAACAUCAUAUUCUCUCGCCAAAGCCCAGUUCUGCCAGACUUUCAACCAAAAUUUGGUGCUUUUGUUUGUAUUUUCAUUUAGUUCUUUUGUUAAAGCAAAAUUUGGUGCUUUUGAUCGUAUUUUCAUAUAGCUCCUUCACGGCAAUUUCAUUUCACAUCUGUGUUUAAAAUACCUUUCCACCAUUUUGUUUGUUUUGGGAAAAUCAUUAAUUGUACUGCAGUACAAUUAAUGAAAUAAUUGUACUCCUCUCAACCAAUCAGCAUCCAGUAAUUUUGUCAUGCUAAUAAUAAACAAUAUAACAUGCUUUUAAUCAACCUCGUACCCAGGGUCCCCGUAGUGGGACCCUGGCAAACUCUGAUUGCGUGACGUCACAAAUUUUGAAGAUUACGUAAUUUGUAACUUUAUGAUCCGGGGGGCGAUGGCCACUUUCACUGUGACUGUGCAAGCAAACUUCGCGAAGGGCGAAUGCAAAUAAUAUGAAAAAAAGAUAUAUAAACACAAAGAUUCUUCUUACAAUUUCGUUAACCUACUGGCUUCGGCAAUCUACAUAAUUUUGCUAAUCUUGUCUAUCGAAGGGAUUCGAAGAACGGAAGAAGUAUGAAAAUUGACAAUUUAAAAAGAUGAAUCACAAUCAAAGAUUGGCUAUUUAUGAUAGAUCUCUAAAAGUCCAUUUAAUAUUGACAGGAGUGCUUUGAUACAUAAAUUAUAGCCUAUAAUGGACUCAUUAUUGGAUAAAAAAAGACGACAACUUUAAUUAUUUUAAAGAACCUGACUGGCAAGGCUAUGCAUUAAGUGUAUAAAUUGUAUGUAUAUUUUAUUAUUAAAAUACAGUUCUUAAAUUUUUAAAUUGAUUUUGUCUGUCCUUCUUUUGAUUUUUGAAAAUACCACUUCUAAAGCACAUGUCUAUGUUAUUAUAUUGUGGAAUUGUUCAAUUUGACAUGCAUGUAGAAAUUUUAAAUAUAUAAUUCAUAUAAUUAUGAUGUACAGUAAUGUGUAAACAAAAUCCUCAUAUAGUUUAUACUUGUAUUAAUAGGGAUUGUCGAUAAAUAAAUUGUCCUUCAAUUGCAGACUUGUUCUGCGAUUGUUUCAACCCCCUUUCCCAUCACGGAUGAGUGGAGGUCUAUAUGUUCAUUGUAGUUAAAUUUUAUAAUAGAUAUAGUACAAUCUUCAACGGCUGUGAUCAAUGCAGCUUAUUGGUAUGAUAUAACACCCUUUCCCACUUUUAUUGGACAAGUUCGCAAAUGAAGAACAAAAUCUAUUUAUUCUCAGCCCCCCCCCAAAAAAAAAAAAAAGUUAGCGAUCUUUAUUCAAUAUGAACAACCCAGCUCAAAAUGUGACAAAGAAAAGCUUGGGCAUGUUUGUCUUAUACUAUUCAUACUGGCAAUAGAUCACUCAAAAUAGAAACUAUGAUAUAUAACUAACAUAACAAAUUGGAAUUGAACUUGUACCUAUUUCUCACAAAGGUAAUUAUCUUAAAAAAGUACUGGUAUAUGCAUGCUGCAUAUCCUAAAUUUCAAAGCUCACAAACAUAUCUUCAGCUGACAUAAUAUGGUCACAUUUUGAAACAACUAACUCAACGCAAACUGCGAUUGCCAGGUUACCAAAUAAUCAAAAAUCUUGGACCUGGCCUUUUUUGGCAGUGGCAUACUGGGGGGGGGGGACUCAAAAUCAAAAAUAUUUUGCAAAUAUGCCUGACCACGGUGGGAAUCGAACCUACGACCCUUUGGAUACUAGCCCUAGGUUCGAUUCCCACCGUAGUCAGGCAUAUUUUUCAAGCUUGCCCGGUGUGGAUAUACACUCAGAGUAUCAUCACAAGCAUCUAUUACAUGACGAUAAGCAAACUUCAAACAACAAUUACCUUUUAAAUCAGGACGUUCAGAAUUACUCUGAGUAGGUGUCUGUUUUGAUAGAGUAGGCGGCUGUUGGGAGGAGGCAGUCUAGGGGGUCUUAAAGUUAUCCAAAUUAACACAACUGAGCUCUGUAACCAAGUUAUAAUGUAUCACCAUUUUAAUUCUUCAACAAGAUAACAUUAAGAUUUAAGAUGGCAAAUAACUAAAUCAUUAGACCAGGUUGAUAAAAAAAAAAUAACUUGAAAACUUAGAGUGGAAAAAGGAGAGCAAAUUGAUAUUUCAAGUACUAAACAAAGUAACCAUGCAGCGGUAAACCUUGUAGGACCUGUCGGAGCUCCGGCAGCCACCGGCUUAUUUUGAAAGCCCUGGAGUGUAUUGAUGGGCGAGACAACUCUGUACCAUAGCUGGCAGAGCAGCCCCCUACCAGAUCAUGCUGGAUCGAUACUUGGAUUAUUUACAAUUACAAUUUUCAAGUGACAAUCCAAAUUUUUAGAUGGCUGUCUAAAAUUUUAGUCAGCUGGAUGGCAGGCUGGUUAGUACCAUGAAGUAAUUAAUGCGGUAGAAUAAUCUUGAGCGUGACAUCUACCAAAAUAAAGCAACAAUAUAAAUUGUAUAACUUUGCUUGACUUAUAAUUAUUGAAUAUAAACACUUCUUACAUUUGGUCAACUUGCAUAAUAGUUGCUUGCAAAUUUGUGUUUAUAAGCACAGUCAGUACUAAGUAGUUUACUCAGUGUUUACAUAGCUUACAUGCUGUACAUGUACUCAACAAAUUCCUGAAAUAUGUCUCGCUAACGAGCAACAUACAACGUAAAAACACAUGGAAUUGUAAAUUUGAAGUUUGUUCUUUGCUGAAAUAUCUCAAAAUUGUGUAGACAAACCAGUUUCAAUGUCAUGCACCGAUGCACGUCCACUAGAGUGUAUAACAGUAAUCGACAAUUCCAAGAUCAUCCAUUAUCCAGUUGAAAUUUUGACAUUUACCACUCCAUCUGCCUUCUAGAGUAUUCCGUUUCCCAAAAGUAUUAAUAUUUGAUGUUAUAUACAUGUAGGAUACAGACCAAAUUUAAAUUGAACGGUUGCAAAAAUUCUUAUAAAUUCCAUUCACAUUCACACUUCGUCGCUCCGUACGAUUUACACAGUUUCGGCGUGGUUUGACCAACUGGAUUUCGUUAAAUUCCGGCCAUCCGUUGUAAGGGCAAUAAUCAAUGUUUCAUUCAUAUUUGUAACAAUUUACAACAUGAAAAUGAUAUUCUCGAUCGAUAUUUUUUCGAAUUGUGUUUGAAUAUGAAGUAUAAAUAAAGAGAUCGUAUCCUAUGGGAGUGAGGGUCAUACAGCUUUUGACAUUUUGUAGUAGUUUUGAUAUGAACAAACUAAUCCCUAGGGUACCCUGGGUGCCACGACAAGUCCGUUGAGAUGACACAUCUCUCCCCCAUUCUCGUACCCAGAGCACUUCUUACGCGCGGUGCGACGAGGGGCUCUGGCCAAAUCCAUAUUCCGAACUGGCAUCUGAUUGGCUAGCUCUAAGACCAGAAAUUGUUUUCUUACCAUGUUUUUAUGGUAUCCGGUUAUGGAUUUGGCCAGAGCCCCUCGUCGCACCGCGCGUAAGAAGGGCUCUGGGUACGAAAAUGAUCUCUCCCCAAUUUUCUCCCUGCACAGUAACCCUAUAAGAACAUCAGUUAUUUGAAUAACUAAAUUAUAUAAGUCCUCGACGAUCAAGAGAUGCUUGUAAUAAUGAUAAUAAUGACUCGUAAUAAUGAUAAUAAUGACUAACUGGUCAUAAUGAUAUAAACAACAUAUAAAACUUCCAGUAUAAACUUAUUGUUUGCUAUAGGAAAGAUCCAUCACUUUUGAUAAAAUAUAGCUACCAUCGGAAAAUAUCGUGACGUUCCGGUAUAUUCCGGAAAAUGUCAUGAUAUUCCGUGACAUUCCGCCAUAUUCCGUGAUAUUCCGCCUUAUUCCGUGAUAUUCCGGCAUUCCGGGUUUUUACAACGCCCCAAUCCAAAAGUACUGCGAGUGUGCUGCAAGGUACUUGUUCGUAAAAACGUUUUAAUGAUUACGAAUGUUCUCUGUUCAGUGGUUAAUUGAAUUAAUUAUGUUUAAUGCAAUAAUGGACAUUCUCAUGGUCUCACUAAGACGAAGAUUGACGAGUUGAGCUUAUUUUAGAUAAUUUAACAUUCAAUUUUAAUUCUCUCCUGGGAAUUGUUUAUGUUUCGUUUUCCAUGCAAUUCCCAACGGUGGAAGAAUGUGAUUUCGCCCGGCAAUUUUUAUUUGACGAGUAUAUGGCCAUCUCUCAUCGUUACGAUUUAAAAAGAGUAUCAUUGAAAAGCUAAAUAACUGUUCUUUUGUCCUGUGUAAAAUUGAAUUGUUUAGCCACGUUUAUGAUGCACGACAGCCUGUUGAAUUUCCAUAGCGUUUUUUUUAGACACCAUGUAUAUAGUAGACCCGUUGCAGUUGGUCUGUGCCUAGAUCUCACUCGCUAGCCAAUUUUUCUCUCUGAAUCCCAUUUUCCAGAAUUUUUUAGACCAAAUCCCAGUCCCAAAUGUGACUUGACGUAUUUUUCUAUGUGUUGACUUUAAAACACAAUUCUGCGUUCAUUUGCUCUCUUUAGGACCAGGGACGUAGCUAUAAGGGAGGGUGAGUGACACCACCCCCGAAAACGUCUUUUCGGCGGAAUAACGGUUUUAUCUGCAAAUCGUUUAAUAACGGUUAUGAAAUGACGGUUUUAUCUGCAAAUCAGCGAAAAUAUUUGAGUGGCUCAGAUGAAAAAGUAAUAUUUUAAAUAUAGCAAAAAUUUAGCUAAAUUUACUAAAAUUACGGAAGAAGUUAAUAAAUUGUGAUAUGUCCGGAAUAUCUUGUGUAUGUCCGGAAAAAUCAGGUUUAAAGCUCUGCACGUGACAUUAUGGUUGACAUGAUUUGUCAAUAAGCUUAUGAAUUAUUAAUGAGUGUUUGAAGUGUAGUUUAAAUAAGCACGAUAUUCGCACAAAUUUACAUUCAACAGUUAUUAUUCGGAAAGAUUAAUCAACAUCAUACAGUUUUCAACGAAAAGUGGUAUUUCAAACCGCCAAAAAUCCACUUGGUCGAGUCCGCUCCAGCAAGCGCUAUCCGCUCCAGAAAUCAAUCGACACGGAUUCUGCCAGGCACCUAACCACGAAAUCGAUCAAAUUAAUCCACGUGGCCCACGCAAAGGCCGCGCAAGCCACAGAACAACACAUAGCGCCUGGGUACGAGGCUGGGUUGAAACUUGAAAUUUGUUUACUUGCGUGGAUAUAUUUUGAUCAUCUUCUUGCAUGUUCAGCAAACAAUCGGUGUAUAUAAAGUGCUAAAUCAAUGCAGUGCUAGUAGGCGAAAUUUAAUUUUUUGUUAACAAUGGCAAACAGUCAAUCGGGAAACACGAGUAUAUCAGGAUAGUCCAAAUGUUGCUCUUGAUACUUCCUAUAUAUGCCAUGACUUCGACGAAAACUUCUAAAAGAUUAAGCUCUCAUUGUCAUGUAGAAAAGUAUUGCCAAGUUAGAGUAUAAACGUUUCGAAGUUUGGCCGCGAAUUGGAAAAUUCAUCACGGCGCAAUUUUAAUACAAGUUUCUCGGGUUUGUGUUGUGUUUACAGUUUAUCGGUUUACAUUCAGAAGUGGUUGCUCAAACAGCAAAUUAGUUUACUUUGAAGCUAAUAUUUCGCUUUCUAAGCCACAGUAUUAUAUAAAAUUUUCUGUCUUCCGAGUUCUGUUGUCUUAUAAAGAUAAACCGUUAAAAUUUCAGCAAAAUAUAUUCGGCAUGCUGUCUGUCUAAGAUUCAUACAGUAUAAAUAUGCCAAUCCUGUCCGCGUUUUAAAUAUAACUGGACAUCUCUAAUAUCCAAAUCUGAUCAUUAAUGGUGCAUUUUAUUACCUGGGCAAGUAUCAGUAUCUUUAAAUUCAAUUUAUGUGCAAUUUAUUUGACCAAAAUUCAACCGACGACUGCUUUCAAAAUAUAUAUUUAUAUUUAUUCCGCUCCUAAAUCAACUGACGUCACUUUCCAGAAUCUGGAAGGUAAAUUCUGAUUGGUCGACGUAGCGGAAUUCAGUUUGGCGCUCGGGUAAGCAGACGGUAUAGUAUUUCGUCGCUUGGCGUAAGAACUACAACGUCUGUGAGCAGGCUAUGCUAUUCCAACCAGCUGAGCUACAAAGAGUCCAGUUGUUGGAUUCCUGCCAGAGGUCCUAUACUAUAUUCGCCUUUUUUGCAGCUGCUCCUGGUAGAAAUUUUCGUCUACAAAAAUCCUUCAACUGCAUGUCAGUCUAUAAGUACCUGCCAUUUUCUGCAAUCUAGUAAGUAGACUUAGUCUAUAGUAGCAAUCUCAAGGGGUAAUUAAGCAACAUGAGCUCCACCUUUGAAUUUACUAUACGAGUAAAUUCUUAAACACGUCCGAAUUUAUCAUUAUGAUAAAUUCGCGGCACAUUUUGAAUUUAUCAAUAGAGUUAAUCAUAAAACCACAAUCAUUGCACAAGGUUUCUUGUUAUAAGUGUAAUGGCACUAAAACGGAGGCUGGUCGCGCAGGGGUGGGGAGUUUUUCAUGUUUUUUAAGGAAAUAGUUUUUAAAAAAGUUUUAAAAAGUUUUAAAAGAGUUUUGAAAAGCAAGAAAAGUUUAAAAAGUUAGAUUUUUAAAAAAGUUAAAAAAAUUUAAAAAGUUAAAAAAAUGAGGGUUAGUGGUUAGGGUUGGGGUUAGUGUUAGUGUUAGGUGCCGCGAAUUUAUUAUUAUGAUAAAUUCAAAAUUUGCCGCGAAUUUAUCAUAAUGAUAAAUUCGGACGUGUUUAAGAAUUAAUAUAGUAAAUUCAAAGGUGGAUAUCAUAUAGUAAAUUCAGAGGUGGAGCUCAUGCUGUAAUUAAGGUGUAAUUUAUAACUAGAUCCCUAACAUGUCGGAGGCAGAAACAAAACGAACCGCUACUCGGAAUGUGCGGUAACAAUGAACCUUUGUUUCUUUCAUAUAAGCAAUUUUUUUAUUACAUGGGUGCAAUCGAUCUAUAGAAUUAAGUAUAGGUGCAAUACAUGGGUCUAAGGUUAAUCCCCAACAACCGACCGCGUAACACAUAUAUAUCUUGCAUUUAAAGAUGCAUAUUUUCUGAAUAUAUUUUAUUCUAUAUGACUCCGCUUUUUUACAUUAUACUAGCACAUUUAUUCCCAAAUCGAUAACAAUAAAGAACACAAUGGCCGCUGCUAAUUCGUGUUUGGUCUACUAUCGGCUUUUCACGCCUGAAGAAAUCAAAGAACCGCUUGCCGAGUUUUCCACAGGUAAGGUUAAAUUAAGUCAUUAACAUAGCCAGAGCCAGAAAGGGGGCGGGGGGGAUUGGUUGGAUUACUUCCCCGCCCUGUGCUUGAAAACCCAUGUAAGUAGAGUUCUCUCCUGCAUGUGUUUCGAUAGGUUUUCUCCGCGUCCUACGGUUUUAUAACAAAAGGUUUUGAAAUAAAUUCGACAUGCACAAAUGCCACCGUAGUAUCAUUUCCAAGUGCGCGUGUGUUCGUUAUGAUGUUCAAGUGACGUUAGCAACUGUCCUUGCCACAGGACAUAGCUAGCUAUAGAUCAACCUGUCUGUCCACCCAUCUGCCUGUUUGUAUGUCUAUAUUUCUGUCUUAUUUGUCUUCCCGCCUGCCGCCUUAAUUGCUUAUACCUUCUCUAUCGCUCAACACUCCCUGUCAUAUACGUUCUCUUUCUUUAUUCAUUCUUCCAUUUAAGAAUUCAAAUGUACAGCAUAUGUACUGAUAUGUUUAACAUUUAGUAUAAAACAUCUAUAAAUUGCUGGCAGGUGCCUUGCAUGGGUCACCUUUUUUAAGAGUCCCGUUCGUACCUUCACUUUUGGAUCUUCGUUUUCUAAGUUAUUUCCUCCUAAUAUGUAACUGUUAUUUUUAUAGACUUGAUAAUAUAUAUUGUAUACAUUAUUGAUCCAAAUAAAUAUGUGAAAACAAAAAAAAACAAAAACAAAAGCAAACAGUUGCGCAAUUAAUUGCAAUUACACAAUUAACUACAAUAAAGUUUGAGCAUGCACAUAAUUACAAGUAAAUUAUAUAUGUACAAUCUCAUUAAAAUUGAUAAUACAAAGUAUAGUGAUGUAUAAACAUAUCAAACGAUAACAUUAUGAGAUUAAUAUAAAUAGUUUAAUUAACUACGAUAAUAAAAACUAAGACUAAGUGAAAAAUUUUGAGGUCCGCGAGUUCGAUUGAGUGUUCAAUUUAGCUAGGUUUCAAUUCCCCAAGAAAAAGCAUUCAUGCAGCUAGUGACAAUCAAACUUGUUUUCGCAUUUCUUUAAAAUUGAGAAGCAUUUGUCAAUCCUGGAUGGUUCUUCAUUGUGACAUUAUUCUUUCACGUUUGCCAACAACCGAACUCUUGUGCUCAUCAAUGCGCUGGUGUAAGUGCGGAAAUUCUUCGCGAGAAAUUAUCUCUGCGAAUGUGCUGUUGCACUGACAUGAGUGAUUGAAUUUUUCCACUCUUUUCUCUUUUAUAGUGAGUAGAACUGACUUCUACUUACUAGCGAAGUGAAAUAUUUCUCGCGAAGCCAAAUUUAUCUUUACUGCGCUUGCACCUAAUUCAUUUCGCGCGAACUUUUUCGCAUUUCGCCAAUGAAAAGCGCGCGUGGAGUCGAACUUUACCCUUCGCUGUCGAGCAUUUGUAAUACUAAUUAUAUGUUUAUUUAAUCAUCAAAUAUCAUUGCAGGCCAAGUUACAAGAUCCACAACCCAACUCCAAAUCGGGCCUGAUAAGGACGGCGAGCGAGAAAGGGUGUUCAAAAUACAGCUAUUAAAUUCUGCCCAAGCACAGGCUAUUCUACCUGACAACGAAGAUAUAGUGAUAGUCGUACGGCUGGGUAGUGCCAUCAUUCCACAAAAGCGGGAUCCGCUUUAUGUGAUGAUCACUGAUGGCAAUCGUGCGUUUGGAUUUAAGAUCAGUGAAAGUGGGCCGAUUAAAGGCGCUGAAGGCGAAGUGGGCAAAUAUUUAGAUCCUGUCACUUUGAGAGGUGAGUCGUAAAAACGCACAAGUCGUAACAAGCCUGCAGCAGACUUGUGGCAAUGUUAUUCCAACAACUUGUGAUUACUUGUCAACAAGAUAUGUUCGCACUGCUUGUUCCCAACUUGUUGACAAGUUUUCAACAGCUUAUAAGUUCUUUGUAUGUUUGAAUGGCGAUAAAACAUAUAAUAGUUUUAUUUGUGGAAACACUAAAUUUACAUAAAUUUACGUGGUGUUUCCACAAACAAAACUAUUAUAUUUUCAACAGCUUGUUGACAACUAAUUGCUACAAGGUUGUUGACCGAACAGACUUGGUACAAGUUGUUCCAACGACUUGGUAUCGUCCUGUUAUUCAACAAUUUGUGAGUGACAACCAUGUAGCAACUUGAUAAAAUAACAACAUUGUUACAAUUUGUUGACAAGUUUGCUACAAGCCUGUUGCGAACACAUCUUGUUGACAAGUUGUGAGAUUUUUACGUGUGAACGCAAAAGUUUCUGAUGUGAAAAAAUGAUGGCCCACAAACACAUUCCUCAGCGGAAACUUCUGCAGAGGAGAGAAGGUAUUACCCUCACACAUUCUUCUUGAAAUUAGCAGUCUGUUUGAUGACUUCAGAACGUGCUCAGAAAACCUAACAUUUUAACUUCAGCAGCUCGCAGAGAAAGCCAUUAGUUUGAAAACUGGUUAGCCACGGCAACUAGUCAUGCUAUGCUAAUAAACCUGUGUCUAAAUAGGUUAACAUGAAUUGUUGCUAUGGCUAGCUUCGCCACUGGUUUUGGUCGCACAAUUUCGAUCAAUCAGAUUGCAGGAAAAUCAAUAAGAGAUGUUCUUUGCUUGACCUCUAACGAGAACACUUUAGAACUGAUAAAGCUAACAUGCAUAAAUAAAAUUAGUUGAAUUUAGAUUUCCUCCUACGAACGUUAAAUCAAUAAGAAACAGCUCUCACUGGACAUUUAUGAAAAGAACUGCUUUGAGCUGAUAGAUGUCGUUAGCUAUCACGUUAUGUAGUUGGCAAUAAACCCUUCCGGAAAGUACUUAGUCGUGACUACAGAGCCUCGCUUCCGUGUUUGAGACAUUGGCUUAAGAGCCCUUUAUCUUGUUACUGAAUAAAAAAAAUAAUAAACAGGUCUUUUCUAUUCAUUGAUACUGUAUAAUGUAUGGUUUCAUAUAGGUGUCACCUGUAACAAGAUAAAGGGCUCUAAGAAAACUAUAUAAAUAAAUAAACCCAAUAUCGCAAUCACGAAGACAAGGCUGAACACAUGCGUGUAUUGUCUGUGUGGUCAGCCAAAAACUUCUUACCAUACAGGUGAUGACAAUGAAACAGCCUCGUUGACUUCCAAUGAUUGGCCUGAUGAAUUUGUGAUAACAUUGAAACCAAAGGCAUACUGGGGCACCAUUUUCUGUGCACAAGGCAAUGGCACAAAGCAAUGUGUUGGGUACGGCAAAAAGCCAAGUUUUAGAAAUAAUGGAAUAUUUCUGGACGUCUAUCGUCAUGACCCAAUUGAAGAAUACAUCAUUAAUUAUAUUGAAGUCAAAAUUUUUGCCAACAGUUGUUAGACAUUGGACAUGAUACUGUGACUAAAGAUUUAUACGAUUAACUCUGUCAUUUUGGCAUUGUCUUUUUAAUAAACACUAAAUUCAGAACACUGUUGUAUAAUUGUCGUCUUAUUUAGAAUACAUCA